AUGUUUUAUAGUCACGAGAUCCUGACUAAUCACCAAUAUGGUGUUUCCACCAUUUGGCUCAUCGCCACCGUUGGGACAGGCACGAGCGCAAGGAGAGUAUCGAAGAAGGCUAUCCAAGCAGUCGAUGUAGAGAAGGCAUGCGGAAAGAUCAUCGAGCCAGGAGCACCGGUCGCCCUACGACUUCAGGGACAGCUCCUCUAUGGUGUGUCGCGCGUUUAUAAUGAGCAGUGUAGGUACAUGUUGUCAGACCUACAAAAGGUUCAGAUGCACAUGCAUAUGCUGUUCAAGAGGCUCAAUGGAAAUCAGCUGGAUCCCGACGCUGGCAAGACAAGACCCGAGAACCUUUUAAUUAUGAACGAUCCUGACUUUGUUCCGGAUAUGCAACUUCCCCAAUUUGAUCUCGAUGCGAUACUCGCUGGCAGCCAAGCAACUCAAUUGACCAACAAGACGUCUUCUCAGAUGUCCCCUCUUGAUAGAUCUUUCCUUUCAGUCUCGGACAGUCCCGCGCAAGGAUUUGACCUUCGAUUCGAACUCGGUCGCUCAGAGUCUCCCUCCCAACAUAACUCGCCGUUUGGUGUUUCCUCUUCACACAAACCGGGAAGCGCGCAGCACUUACUUCUCGAUCAGGACGACGUAUUUGCCGAACCGGUAGAUUGGGGAAUGGAAAUUGACGAGGACGGAAACAUCAUUGAGAGAGCGGAACCUGUCAUAGUCCAAGACGAGUUUGACUUGCCCCCUCUACCGCUAAUGGAUGACGAAGCUCAGGGAAGAGCGCUUCCAGAUCAGCAGGAUCAACCAAACGUUGACGAGCAAGGCAACGUCAUCAUGGAAGACGCACAGCCAGAGCAGGCCGGACCCGUUCUAGAGCAACGACCUCGAUUCAAUCAGAUCGCCUUCCUCUCCGAUGAUCAGCAGCAGCAGAAUCAGCAGGCACCUUCGCGACGAAAGAGAAAGCCUCGCGGGAUGAAGAUUGAUGAACGAACGCAAAUUUCGAGAACUGAAAUGAAAGGUUUGCAAGACAAAUACCUGGAGAAUUGCGGUAUGAAGAAAGUACGACCGACUACUGCGGCACAGGCAAAAGCAAACGCGAUGCUCUUGACGUUUGGCCUUGGUCUGGCAAAUAUUGGCCAGAAUAUUGGUGUCCCCAGGAUGGUACACCCCCUCGCCCUUGACUUCUCUGGCGAUUCGCUCUUCACUGCGUUUACUGGACUCCAGGUACCGGACCCAUCCCGCGGUAAGCGCCGAUCCGCAUCCGAAGCCAUUGAGGACGACGGAGAAGAGGCACGACGAGUUAGACCGCGACUCGAAGGCGGAGUCGACGAGAACCAGCUGGGUCACGAUUUGGAGAAUGCCGACGUCUUCGACCAAGAUGCACCGGCCAUCCACAGUUCCCCCGAAGUCGGCCGAGAAGCUCAAGCGGCCAUGUCCGACCACCUAUCAUCUGCUCUACGCAUGCCUUGGAACCGAGGUUCCUCCGCCAUCCCAGGCUCUUCCAUUCGCGGUUCCGCCCAGAAGGGCCGUAUCCCAUCUAGUCCUUUAGGAGGUCGCCGCGCUGGCCAAGAUGCCGUGCGCUUCAGUGACGACAUGAAUUUCGCUGCUGGCCUACGUUCAGACGACGAUCCUUUUGACGGCUAUGAACCCGUAGAUGCACCCGCGGAACCGCCUACGGACGAGGCGCAGAAGCAGAGCGGAUGGAAACCGGUCGAUAUUGAAGGACAUAACUUCUUUUCAUUCAUGGGUUCCGCUGUCCGUGAAAACGGCGAGCGUCGCCAAGACGAUGACUUCGAUGUAGACCGACGAUGGGUCGCAUUUGAAGAUGUAUUCGAGCCUCGAGAGACACCGCGCGACACUGCCGCCCAUGCCUUCUACAACGCUCUGUGCCUCGCGAAUAAGGGCAAGAUUGAGCUCGACCAAGACGUCAACCCUAAGGAAUCGUUUGGCGGAAUUUGGGUUGGUAUGAAGAUGGCGGAGAUUGAUGCUCCAGCUGCGGGUGCCGAGUAA